CGUUUUCUUUUCUCCUGCACCUCAUCUCAUCCUUUCCCAAAGGGGGUGAUGGUCACUCCUCUCUGUCUAUAAAAGUUCUUUGCAUCCCCCAUUCCAUUCUCCCGGCUGGGGAAGUCCUCCCCCGAUUUUCUUCUACAUCCUGUCGAGGAUGGGCCAGAGGCACAAUCGACGCCGCACUCGUCGUUCAUCACACCGAACAAUCAACCAAGACACAACUGCCGCCAAGUACGCCUCGGGUUCUCCUAUAUUGGCUCCAUCUUCCAUUUGGUGCCCGCAACCCAGUCCAUCCGGAUCACCAGCGGCCAGCUAUUCGACUGCAUGCAUUCGUCGUGGAUCUCCGGUCCUAGUACCCGCCCCUACCUGGCACUAUGGGUAUUCAGCAUGGCAGAUCCGUGAAACCAAACCGCAGGAAACUGGUGGACUCCAGGCCGAGCAGUAUCGUCUAUUCGGUGGUGAACCAGGUGACGAUGUGAACCUUUGUUACCGUAUGCUGGAGUAUUUUGGUGGUCUCGACUACAUCGACUCAGCACGACACAGGACCAUCGGAGAUUGAAGAUCCAGGACUUUCCAAUUUCUUUUUUUUUUUCAGCUGGUAUUUCCCAGAAAAAGCAAAAUGAAAAUAACGACCACGACUUUUUAUUGCGGUGAUUUUAUGGUUUUUCAUCCGACAACACCAAAAAAAAACCCGCCGAGCUUGGCCAGAGGACAACCAUCCUCCGCCUACAGCGCGCCCACUUCUACCAAAGAACACCAGACCACAUGGGCACACCCGGGUCCCCGACUCGUAGCAAUGAUGGUACCUCAGGUACCGGAUUGGUCCCUUUUGACCCGGCCAUGUGGAUCCUGGAUCACGAUUUUGCACCGACUUGGAUGAGUCACGAGCAAGACUCCGCUUGAUUCAUUGGUUGAGUUCGCGACCGACCCUCACGGGUCGUUGACGCUUGAGUUCCCACUGAGUCAUGCAGGAACUAGCUUUGACUUUUUGCAUCUCAGAGUGUAUUUCUGUUCUAUCCCACUUCAUAUCAUGAAU